GGGGGGGGACUGCCUUGUGCUGCUCGCACCGGCAGAUCCAGAAAGGGCUGUGCAGGGUUCGUCUUUUCGUUGUUGAGCCAGUGUCGGAGCUGCUUCCAGCUACAUCUCUGUUCCAGACAGUUCCCAGGCGGCGGCUGAACGGAAGGAAACUUGAAGAAGACCCUCUGCUGUUGCUGUUGGGUUUGUUUUGGAGGCUGCUCCGUGGUGCCUGCAGCAGUAGCUGUACGCCAACAGACGGUGACUUCAGGGCAUCUCUCUGCUGUUAAGAAGAUUCUAUAACAAUUAUGUGGACCUGAGUAGUUCGGGAUCUGCUGUUACUUAUUUACUCAGAGAAUUUCCUGUUUCAAUACAAUUCUGAGUCUACUUCCUGAAAGAGAUGAAAAAAGGACUGGAAAGUGGAGCUUGUUCCCUUACCACUCCAGGCAAUUUAGUGGAGUCAAAUCCAGACAGUAAGAGCAGCAAUGGAGCCUCAGCGAAAGACAUGCUUUCCUCUUCUGGAGAACUGGAAAACGUACAGCUGAAGCCCAGCAGAGAAGCACCCAGAAAAAAACUCUGUGGCUAUUUAAACAAGCUGGGCAUCAAGGGGCCAAUCAAGACCUGGAAGUCUCGCUGGUUCUUUUACGAUGAAAACAAGUGUCAUUUACUAUACUACAGAACUGCACAGGAUGUCAACCCUUUGGGAUCUAUUGAUCUCUCCAGUGCCAGUUUUGACUGCAAGGUGGAAAAUGGGGAAGGGGUUUUUGAGAUCAGAACACCAAGCAGAGUUUUUACUUUGAAGGCAAUCAGCAAUCAGGCAAUGAUGUACUGGCUGCAGCAGCUACAAAUGAGACGUUGGGAAUUUUGCAACGCUCAGAGCAGAUUUCCUGUGGGCAGCUCCCAGUUUCUGAAUGAACCUCUGGCUGGCAGAACAAAUGUUGUUGACAAUGAAGACUUCCUGCCUCUGGUGAAAACGCCAACAGAAGCAGUGGGUUUAAAGGCAGCAUCUUUGCCUGCACCCCAAACAUCUACUGCUUUGCAGAACAUUUCCCUUAAGCACCCUUGGACAGAGAUACAAAACACUGUCUACAAUAUCUGUGGCUCGAAGCAGCUGUGGGGGAACAAUGGGAAUGUCUUUACCUUCAGUGAAUUCCAGGAGCACCCUGGGAACCCGGAUGAGGAGCAAGAGGCAGAAGUGGAGGCAGGGUGUGCAGUUAAGGAGGGGACCCUUGAGGAUGGAAGAAUAGAGCCCAGGCUGAACUGGGUUAGGAAAGCCAGGUGGAUGAACAGUGGCUUCCCAGGUUUUCCUGAAGAACUGACCAGGGAGAGGAACCCAAUGGAUAAAGUGAGUGUCCUACAGCAACAGACUCUGACACUCACAGAGGAAGUCAAGUCACAGAAGGAGCUGGUUAAACUUCUCCACAAAGCUCUGGAGGCAGCCCAGCAAGAGAAGCGAGUGUCUAGCAUGUAUCUCACUGCAGCAGAAGACAAGGACAGGCUGGAGCUGGUGCGCCACAAAGUGAGACAAAUUGCAGAUCUCACCAGUCGACUGGAAGCUCUUGAGCAAGAAAAGAAGGAACUGGAGCAGAUAUUGACUCUGAGAGACAGCCAUAUCAAAGAACUCAAGGAGCAUGUGCAGCUCCUGAUGGAGAAGAACCAUGCCAAACAGGAAGUCAUCAUGGCCUUGACAGAGCAGAUGGCCCAAGAGCAAUCUGACCCCCUGCAAGAAGCCAACACUAUCACUGUGGAGACAUUGUAUAAGCAGCAGGAGGAGAUUGAGCACCUGAAGGAUGAUAUUGAGGCAUACAAAACCCAGAACCAGUUUCUCAACUCGGAGAUCCACCAGGUUACUCGACUCUGGACAAGUGUUGCUGAGAAUGAAAAAGCCCUUCUGAUGAAGUGUGCCUGCCUGCAAGCCCAAAACUGCCAGAUGGAGAGCAAAUACCUGACAGUGUUGCGGAAGCUGCAGGAGGCUGUGCCUGGCCUGCCCAGCUCCCAUGCUGAGUUGGUGAGGAACCUCAUCCAGGAAGCGCUCCAGUGGGAUGUGAAGGAAAAAGCAGAAGAAGGUUUUAACCUGAACCCUGUAAGUGAGUACGACGAGUAUGGGUUUAUGACUGUACCUGAGUAUGAAGUUGAGGACUGGAAACUUCUGGCCAAAAUCCAAGCCCUGGAGAUAAAGUCCAACAACCUGCGGAGCCAGGAAGUAGUGGAGAAGCCCCUCCGUGACAGGUGGAACAGUGUUGGAGAGCUAAGCCCCUCUGCAGAGCUGAAGAGCCUGAUCCGAAGCGGUAUUCCAGUGGAGCACCGGCAGCGGGUCUGGAGGUGGAUUGUCAGCUGGCGCUGUGGCCAUCGGUCUGACCUCUACCUGCGGCUGCUACGGCAGAGCAAGAGCACCGAGCACCCUGCCUGCCGGCAGAUCGAGCUUGACCUGCCCCGCACACUGACCAACAACAAACAUUUUUCCUCUCCCACCUCCCAGCUCAUUCCCAAGCUCCGGAGGGUGUUGCUGGCAUUCUCCUGGCACAAUCCUGCCAUUGGAUACUGCCAGGGACUGAACAGGUUGGCAGCUGUUGCCCUACUGGUCCUGGAAGAUGAGGAAAGUGCCUUCUGGUGCCUAGUCCAUAUUGUGGAGAACCUAAUGCCAGCAGACUACUACAGUGACACGCUGAUAACGUCACAGGUAGAUCAGAGAGUCUUCAAAGACUUCCUGUCAGAGAAGCUGCCUCGCCUCAUGGCUCAUUUUGAGCAUUAUCGGAUUGAUGUCUCACUCAUCACUUUCAACUGGUUUCUGGUGGCCUUUGUGGACAGCCUGGUCAGCGACAUCCUCCUGCGAGUGUGGGAUGCCUUCUUGUAUGAGGGAACUAAGGUGAUUUUCCGCUAUGCUCUUGCAAUUUUUAAAUACAACGAGGAGGAAAUCCUAAGAAUUCAUGACAGUGUAGAGAUCUACCAGUACCUCCGCUUUUUCACGAGAAUGAUCACGGAUGGCAGGAAGCUGAUGAACAUUGCCUUCAAUGACUUAAACCCCUUCCCCAUGAAACUGCUGAAGAACCGCCGGUUAAUGCACAGGGAAGAGCUGGAGGCAGAGCUGUGUGAACUGGAACAGAUCAAGGCAGCCUAUGUAAAAGAGAGAGCAGAGCAGGGGCCUCAGGACCUGAAGGAGGUGGUCAGUGAAGAGGAAGAAGAGAUUUAACAAGAAUAUAGUUCCUUAUCACUUCCCUCUCGCCUUGCAGAAGGUCUUCAGUAGCAACUGUCUGUAAGAGAUGGAGCAGAGGGGGAAAGGUGAUCACAGCAGGAGUUCAUCUGCCUCAGGAAGCAAGGCUGUAAGUAUAUAGGACCAUUUGGGGGACCAUAUAGGACCAAGCUUUGUAAAUAACUGGGAGGUGUCAAGGGCAUUUUACUCUCUGUUAAACUUUUCCUCAUUCAGCCUACCCUCUCUUGUGCAGUUCAGGAUUACAGCUGAUGGUCCAUAGGAAAUACCAGUUGUGGUACCAUGACAGAAGUUGAUACGGUCCAAAAGACCCAGCCAGGCAGGGCUUUUCUACCUUUUCCAAUGGAGGCUUGAAAGAUAUCUUUAUGUACGAGUGAAGUCACCAGACAGAAAUAGUGAACUGAGAGCAUUCCCUCAUUGGUACCUAAAGCUUCUGAAUUGGUCAGGAAGGAAACCUGCUCUGUGAAGGCAUGGUGCCUUCAGUGGCUAGCCUGCCAGGAGAGCGUUUUGUUUAACAUUGCGGUUCCUGAGUCAAGACACUGUCUCCAGAUGGGAGUUGGGCCCGAGGAAGUCCUGGGAGCUGGAGGGCAUUUUUCCCUGGGGCUUGGGCUGGAACAGGUGAGAGUGAAAUUGUGUCUAGUUUAUUUUGUUUCCUCUGGUUGGCCAUGGGAGCACAAGGUGUGUCUGCCUGCCUGGCUGAGAAAUGCUGGGAGCUACCUUUACUCUUUGUUUAGCUCUGAUCAGAGCCAUCUAUGGGUUGGCCUGACCCUGGCAGCACUGUGCCUUCCAAAGGUGGGUUUGCUCCAUAGAAAAGCUUUCAUCUCAGAAUGAAACCAGCCGCAGCCUGUCUGGUCUUCUGAUCACACUUGGCCAGGAUGAGUGUGUGGCCAUCUCCCCCUGCCUCACAGUUUUGCUCUUCCUGUGCUGGGUUUCUGUGUAGACAUUCCUGUGACUCCCAUUCAUAAUGGGAAGGAGGAGGUCGUUUCUGUAGGAGUUUCCAGUAUUGAAGGAAUAUGGAAUAUGGCCCUCUGCAUGUGAACCUACAAACCAUUUGGACUAGUUCACAAAAGAUGGCUUGAUGUUCUCUAGACCGAACCAAGGAGCUGGCCUUAUGGGUCUAACACACGGAAAUGCCCUGCCUACCUCUGGGAAUGGGGUCUGAUAGCCUUCUCCCCUGCCUCCCAGCAUCAGCCAUCGCCUGGACUGUGCAGGUCCAUCUGUCACAGAUCCAGGACAGGCCAAGUGCUUUAGAUGAAAACAACUUGUUUUCCCUAACACAGUGCUAGAACUGCCCUGCUUUCCUGGUGAGCAAUGCUUUACUCCAGGUGUGCCUGCAGUCUUGGCAUUUUCGGCAUGCAGCAGACCCUGCUGUAAGGGGGGCUCUGCUCUAUGUUUUCAGACUGACCUUGAACUGAAGCCCAUUCAGUGGACGAUGCCUCCUUUAAACCUCUUGUGAUAUGAAGCUGUCCGUGCUUGCAGAGGAAGGGAAAGGAAGCAUUCAUAGCCCAUACUGUUCUCAGCCAGGUGGGCUGUAGGCAGGAUCACAGACUGUAGUGGAAACAGCACCAGCUUCUAUUCACCUGAGACACGUGGUCUGCUUGGGCACACCUGGACAAAUCAGCCAGUUUCAAAGCAUUACUAAAGUCUGAGUUGGGAGAGAGCUAUGGAGGCCAACCACACGGCAUGGAAGUAACCAAAGUGGAUAUUAGAUUUUAGGAAGAGUAGCUAGAUGGGCAAGAGUGAGGUAGAGAUCCCCUGUAUGUCACUGACAGCUGCCCACACUGGAAGUGUGGGACAAGAAGAAAAUGUUACUGGGGUCUUACCACAGUAUCUCUAGUAAGAAAGCACUGGUUUUAAAAUGAUGCCACCUACCUAGAGAAGCUCAAAAGGCAGAAGGUAUUUCUUUGCAAAUGAUAUUGCUGAUCUAAUUUACUCAUACUGUUAGGUGCAUGGGCACACACAAAUACAGAACUUCGCUACUGUAAUGGACUUUUGAAAGGCAUUAUCUUUUAAAUCAAGACUGUGGAAAUUAGAAAUAUACUUAACAAUCGUAUCUUUCGUUGAGCCUUUUGCAGUAGUUCAAAAUUAUUUUCUUCCAUCCUGACACUGUUUUUUAAAAAAGGCAUUUGAAACAUGUAUUAUGACACAUGUAAACAUGUAUUAUAACCAUAGCCUCGUGUAUGUCUACAGUAUAUAAAUAAACAUUGGUCUAUGGGGUAUAUAAUGACCCAUUAAAAAAUAAAAUCUUCUGAAGAAGACAUAAGGACCAAGCUAUUGUCCCUGAUGGGAAAUUCUGAAAAUAAUUUUUAAUUGAAAUCAGAAGGGAAAAUACAUCUCAGUGUUGUUAGAAGUUUCUCUUCUGUUGUAUCUUCUCCAGCUCUUGGUUUUGCUCCACUUGUGUAUUACUGAGGGCCUUUUCUUCUGGUCAUUCUGCCAACCAGUCAUUGUGGUUGUUCUUUACUAAAAUGUGGUGGAUGCAGUAAUAUCUGUCAGGCCCGUGCAGACCUGUACAUCGGGGCCAAGCUAGAAUUCCUCAUUGGCCUUCCUCCCCUUGGGUUCCACAAACUUUAGGGCUACUGAAAAGCACUGAAUUCAUGUCACAAGAUGCCACCUGGGCCCAGAGGUUAGCUUAGCCCUGCACAAGUCCCUCAAGCCUCUGCAAGAGCUGCAGUAUCAGCCCGUGCCAGGGGUGCUCUAAACUGAGGUUACCCCUGCA